AUGCCGCGCGCUCUCCUCUCCCUCAGCGCGUCCUUCCUUUUCUUUCUUCCUCCUGCCCUCUUCGCGCUCGGCCGCUCCGUCGACUGCCGCCCGCGGCCUCCCUUUCCUUCCCCCGCCCGCGCCUGCCCGUCUGCCUUCCUUGCUCCCCCGCCCCGUCUCGACGGAACUUGCGGGGCCUCCCCUCAGGCAGACAUUUUUGGGCUUCGGGGCCUCAGCACCGCCACGUUCAAGGUUCCUGCUCUGUAUCCCUCCGCGCUUGGCGGCGGCAACAGCAACCUCAGCAGCAGCGCCGCGAAGAGCGCGGCGGCGAUUAACCCUUCUCUGCCUGACGAGUGGUGCUGCUGCUGCUGCCGCCGCCUUAAUGAGGCCAGCGGCCCUCACUUAGCCUCUCGCCUUCCUCUCGCGUUAUUCGGCCUCCGGAGGGGGAAAGAAGGGAGGGCCGCCCUCCUCGCCUCUCCCAGCGGCUGGUACCCGGAGCUGCCUCCGCCCUCGCCAGGGACUGCGGCCGCCCUGAGGGGAGCGGAGGGCGGCCCGGCGGCCUCACGCCACGCCCCUCGCGCGCCCGCCCGCCGCCAGGAGGCCGCGAAGGAGGAGGAGGAGGAGGAGUUGGAGGCGGUGCUGCUGCUGCCGCCAUCGUCGCUGCUGCCGCGGCGCCUCCACAGGCUCGGCCUGCCCCGCUCUUUCCUCCACCCUCCCGGGCGGCCCGCGCGCCGCCUCCCCUCCGCCCGCCCCGCUCGUCCUCCUUCCUCAGGCGCAGCACGUUCCAUGAUGGCAGAGCUAUUUAUGGAAUGCGAAGAGGAAGAGCUUGAGCCAUGGCAACAGAAAGUGAAACCAAUUGUUGUGGAUGAUGAUGAUGACGAUGAACCCAUAUUUGUCGGGGAGAUCCUGAGCUCAUAA